AUGGUUGGAAUAGAUACCAAUACUUCAGAAGUAGACAAUAUUUUACAAACUAUUGAGGAUGAUCAACACUUUUUAAGACGAAUGGGAACUAUGUUAGCUAAUAUGCUUAUGUCAACUGUUACAUGCACAUUGCCAUGUAGUUUAAGUGAUACAACGACAUCGAUUGAUCCAACAAUAAGUAAUCAAACAAGAGAAAAUUCAGUUAGUUACAAUAACAUUUUAACUAUCACAUUUCAUUGUAUUUCACUUAGAAUCAUGAAGCUUGAUUUAAUACCAGAAGAGUGUGUUUAUUAG